AUGCUUUCGUCGGUUUUGGUGGCUGUUCUGAUUCCCGGAUUUUUCUUGCUCUCGGUAGCAAAUCGGCUUUAUCCGGAUCACAUCACCAAAUUCUCUUCAUUUGAAGAUCUUCUCUACAUCCCAGAGUAUCUAGCGAAGGCCGCAAUCACGUUUUUUCUUGGCUGGUUGUCUUUGAUGGUCUACGGGGAUUUGGUUCUUCCAGCGGUAAACUCGAGCUUCCAGUUAAUCUUCUCACUUACACAUACGGAAGAAACAAUAGCAAAUGCACCAAGCGAGAUCAACAAUCAACAUGAACAUAAGGAAGCGACCUUCGAGUUACCAGCAGAUUCCAAUUCUAAUGAUCAACCUGAGCCCAUUGUUAGCAAAAAAUCGUCCUUCAUGAAUCGAGAUGAAAGGAACGAUUCCGGAAUUGGACUAGACGAGUAU